AUGUCGCGAUCUCUACUCUUACACUAUUGUAUCAUCUUCGCUUCAAGCUUCUUCUUGAUGAUCAAUGCUCUUACUUGUCGUCAAGACCAGAUCCAAGCCUUGAUGGAAUUCAAGAACGAGUUUGAAUCCGACGGUUGCAACAGCAGUGCCUAUUUAAACGGAGUCCAGUGUGAUAAUGCGACUGGUGCGGUCACGAAGCUUCAGCUCCCAAGUAGUUGCUUCACUGGAACUCUCAAACCCAACAGUAGUCUCUUUGGGUUGCAUCAGCUUCGUUACCUCAAUCUCUCUCACAACAACUUCACUUCCUCUUCACUCCCUUCUGAAUUCAGCAAUCUCAGCAGAUUAGAGGUUUUGUCUCUUGCCUCUAAUGGCUUUACUGGUCAAGUUCCUUCCGAAAUUAGUAACCUAGUCCUUCUUACCCAUUUAAACCUUUCCCAUAAUGAGCUCACUGGUAGUUUCCCACUUGUUAAAAACCUAUCAAAGCUCUCUUUUUUAGACUUCUCUUACAAUCAUUUCUCAGGACCCAUACCUUCUGAUUUACUACCCAGUUUGCCUUUCUUGUCUUAUCUUGAUCUGAAAAAGAAUCGGCUCACUGGUUCUAUCGAUGUUCCCAACGCUUCUUCUAGGCUAGUGCAUUUGUCCCUUGGGUAUAACCAAUUUGAAGGACAAAUCCUAGAGCCUAUCUCAAAGCUCACCAACCUCAACUAUCUUGAACUUUCCUCCUUAAACACAAGUUACCCAAUUGACUUACGCGUCUUCUCUCUUCUCAAAUCUUUGUUGGUCCUUGAUCUUCGUGAAAAUAGGUUAUUACCAGCCAGUUUAAGUUCAGAGUCAGACAUUCCAUUGAGCUUAAAAAGCUUGUUUUUGGUGGGAUGCGACAUUAUCGAGUUUCCAAACAUCUUAAAGACACUUCAAAAUUUGGAGGUUAUACACAUUUCCAACAAUCUAAUCAAAGGAAAAAUACCUGAGUGGUUAUGGAAGCUUCCUCGUCUUAGCUUAGUGAACCUUGUUAACAACUCUUUUACCGGGUUUGAAGGUUCUUCAGAAGUUUUAGUUAACUCAUCACUGCGGAUAAUGGAUUUUGCCUAUAACUCCAUGACAGGAGAGUUUCCUGUUCCACCACUCAAUUCUGUCUACUUGUCUGCGUGGAACAAUAGUUUCACAGGGAACAUACCUCUCUCAGUUUGCAACCGAAGCUCUCUCAUCGUCCUUGAUCUAUCCUACAACAACUUCACCGGUCCAAUUCCUCAAUGUUCUUCAGAAGUUUUAGUUAACUCAUCACUGCGGAUAAUGGAUUUUGCCUAUAACUCCAUGACAGGAGAGUUUCCUGUUCCACCACUCAAUUCUGUCUACUUGUCUGCGUGGAACAAUAGUUUCACAGGGAACAUACCUCUCUCAGUUUGCAACCGAAGCUCUCUCAUCGUCCUUGAUCUAUCCUACAACAACUUCACCGGUCCGAUUCCUCAAUGUCUGAAUAACUUAAAAAUAGUGAAUCUCAGGAAGAACAGCUUGGAAGGAAGUAUACCUGACGAGUUCUAUAGCAAUGCUUCGAUACAGACACUUGACGUUGGCUACAACCGACUAACCGGGAAGCUUCCAAGAUCGCUAUUAAAUUGCUCCUUUCUGAAGUUUCUGAGUGUUGACAACAACAGAAUUGAAGACACGUUUCCUUUCUGGCUGAAGGCUCUACCCAAUUUACAUGUCUUUACUCUCCGUUCAAACAGAUUCUUCGGCCAUCUCUCUCCUCCUGAUCAAGGUCCUCUCGCGUUUCCCGAGCUGCGGAUACUUGAACUGUCGGAUAACAGCUUUACCGGAAGCCUGCCACCAAGUUACUUUGUUAACUGGAAAGCAUCAUCACUCAAUAGAAAUGGAGAUGGGCGUAUCUACAUGGGAGACUACAAGAAUUCUUAUUACAUCUAUGAAGAUACAUUGGAUUUGCAAUACAAAGGUCUAUUCAUGGAGCAAAGGAAAGUCCUUACUUCCUACAGCACCAUUGAUUUCUCUGGAAACAAACUUGAAGGACAGAUUCCUGAGUCCAUUGGUCUCUUGAAGGAAUUGAUUGCGCUCAACCUAUCAAACAACGCCUUCACGGGUCAUAUUCCUCUGUCUUUGGCAAAUGUUACGGAGCUCGAGUCACUAGACCUGUCAAGAAACCAACUUACAGGGAAUAUUCCUAGAGGACUCGGGAGCCUCUCGUUUCUGGCGUACAUAAGUGUGGCUCAUAACCAACUCAAAGGUGAAAUACCAGAAGGACCACAGUUUAGUGGACAAGCUGAAGCAUCAUUUGAAGGGAAUGCAGGUCUAUGUGGUCUUCCUCUGCAAGGAAGUUGCUUUGCGCCACCAGCACAACAGCCUAAAGAAGAAGACAAAGAAGAAGAAGAGGACGAAGUGUUAAACUGGAAAGCAGUGGUUAUAGGGUAUUGGCCUGGACUCCUGUUUGGACUGGUAAUAGCACACGUUAUUGCUUCAUACAAGCCAAAGUGGUUUGCCAAGAUAGUUGGUCCAGAUAAGGGCAAGGAAGCAGAUCCAGUUAGAUUGUUUAUGAACCUGGAUUCAAGAUGGGACAGCUUUAACAAUAAGGAUAGUGUAGAAACAAGAAAGUAA